AUGUCGUCAAUGGACGCUCCACCCGACGGAGACGUCAACCGCGCCCCAGCGCUGCUCGUCGCGCUGUGGCUAACCACCUCCAUCGCCCUGAUCGUCUUCGCCGCUCGUCUGUACGUGCGGAUUCGCAUCAUCAAGUACCACGGUCUGGACGACUACUGGAUUGUCGCGUCGAUGGUCCUCGCAACAACAGGCAUCGCCCUCGAAACCGUCGCCGUGCAAUACGGCUUCGGCCGUCACGAACACUACCUCUCCGCCGACCAGAUCGUCUCCGCGACAAAAUUCAACAUGGUCGCCAUCCCGCCGAACUUACUCAGCAGCGCCACGGCCAAGAUGUCCGUGUGUUUCUUCCUGCUGCACGUCAACCGGGACCGGCGCACGGGGUUGUUUCUCUACGGGAUGGCGGUUGUCCUCUUCGUCUUUGCCGUCGCUAGCUCGAUCACGCUUCUCGCGCAGUGUCGGCCUGUGGCGGCGCUGUGGGAUCCUGCGGUGCGGGCGGCGAGGGGGCGGUGUUUGGAGCCGAGUAUUAAUGGCGAUGUUGCGCUAGCCCAGGCUGCAUUCUUCUGCUUUGCCGACGUCGUAUUUGCGGUCUUUCCGUUGACCUUCCUCUGGGGUCUGAAAAUAAAUCGCCGGACGAAAUGUGCCUUGGGCUUUGUCCUCAGCCUAGGUCUGAUAGCCGCCGCAUUCGGCAUCGUCCGGUGCGUCGUCCUACAAGAACUCACGACCCGAAAAGACAUCCUCUUCUCAACCGUCGAUCUGGCGAUGUGGUCCUUCCUCGAGCAAAAUGUUACGAUUAUUGCGGCGUGUAUUCCGGUUCUGUACACCGUCUUCCGCGCGGUGCUCGGCGUGGGAAGUAGUCGCAGCAACAACAAAGCGUCCACGGGGCGCGGCGGCAACUCGUACGCGAUCCACGGACAGAGACACAAGUAUGCGGAGGCCUACGGACCCAGCUCGCCCAGGCGCAGCCGCUACCUGGAUAUUGAUUAUAAGAUGCAGUGGACGACUACCGUGACCGGCGGCGUGUGGGCCGUCGAUACCAGCAAGACGGGGUCCGAUGACGGUGAGGGAGGCGAUCGAGGGACCUCCAGCGAGGAUGGAAUCCUCGGGCUGGAAACGACUCAUCGGGGCAUUAUUCGGACGACGGAGGUGGUGGUGUCGGAACAGACGAGUCCAGUAUAG